AUGGCCUCGAAAUCAAUGGUUGCAUUUUUUAUGGUUAACCUAGCCUUAUUUGCACUUGUGUCAGCUGCUCCUCGUCCAACUACAACUAGUUGCCCUGACCUGAAUGUGUGUGCAGACAUUGCUGGUUCACUGAGGGAUGUCAUUCCUGGUAGACAAUCAGAAAGCCAAUGCUGUCAACGCCUAGCUAGCGUUGUCAAUGGUGGUGCGGCUAAUUGCCUGUGCAGUAUCCUCAGAACACCCGCUCCAGGACUAGAACCAUCUCAAGGACUAGGCAACAUUGUCGGUACCGCCCUUGGUCUUGUUAACAACAUCAUUGGUGGCUUCUUGGGGUUUCUUUGGCGGUUACCCUAA